AUGACCUCAAAUGAUAAAAAAUUUUACUAUUACGAUUACACCUUAAUCUUCAUAGCAGCCGGAAAUAUGGACCUGAUUGAUAUGCAAUCACAACCAGAUGGCGAAAAUAAAUAUAUUUUCGUAUACCAAGAUCACUUCACAAAGUUUGUGAUUUUGAAACCUAUGAAAAAUAAAACUGCUCAAGAUGUGGCGGAACAUUUGACAUCUAUAUUCAAUUUAUUUGGCGCGCCUUCCAUUCUUCACACAGACAAUGGACGGGAAUUUAAAAACGAAACCAUCCAAAAUAUAGUGGAGAUGUGGCCUGGCUGUAAAAUGGUCCAUGGAAGACCAAGGCACUCCCAAUCUCAGGGAUCGGUCGAGCGUGCCAAUAAAGAUAUUAUGAAUAAAUUACGCUGUUUUCUUCAUGAUAACAAAACAACGUGUUGGGCUAAUGCGUUGGGAACGAUCCAGUUCCAAAAAAAUAUAUCUUAUCAUAGAGGAAUCAAAUCAUCACCCUAUGAGGUUAUGUUUGGACAUAAACCUAAUAUCUGGGAUUCCUCUUUGACAAAAAAAUUGGAAGAUACAGGAGAUGAUACUGCUUAUUUGGAUGACGAUAAAAGCUAUUUCCAUAAUCUGGUAAAUUAUACAGAUUCGGAAGAUUCUGAUGAAUUUGAAAACAAUAGCAAUUCUAUCCGAGAAGAUUGUAUAUCACCGGAUCCUGGUAUAUAUUUUUAA